UGGGCUGUCGUUUAUCCCAUUCUCGUUGUGUUACUUCGUUCCCUCCUCACUAAACUCACUCUUCCUUCUCACUUCAACUUUCACUAAUUUUCUCAUUGUGGGGUUGUAAAAUUCAAUGGAAAAUAUGAAUAUGGCGUUGAUUGCAUCCUCCUGUUCACCUCCAAAGCUUUAUCUCUUAGGACACACUAAUAAUAAUAAUCCUAUCUAUACUCUGAAAACCCCUAUCAAAAUCUUCACUUUUCCAACUUCCAGGAUUGCUCCUCGUCGUUCCAGAAUCUCCUGCUCCGCCCACACCACUCCUCCACGACGUCUCCCUCAAAUUGUUUUCAGAAAAUCUGGAGACGAAAGGUUUGCCAGCAUUUCUUCUUCAAGUAAUCAACGAACUUCUUCGGUUGGAGUCAACCCUUAUCCAACAGUGCCACCGCCGUCCUCUCAAAUGUAAUUCAAUUCAUCGUUUUCCUUAUGUU